AUGCUGCCCCCCAUCACAGCCGCCACGCUCGCAGCCCGCUACGCCAACCCCGCCCUGCGCGUCACGCCCGCGCACACGCUCGAGCCCGGCGACGCGCCCAUCGAGGAUCCCGGCCCCGGGCAGGCGCUGCUGCAUGUCAAGGCGACGGGGAUAUGCGGAUCCGACAUCCACUUCUGGCGCACCGGCGCAAUCGGCAGUCUCCGGGUACAAAGCCCCAGCAUCCUCGGGCAUGAAGCCUCGGGCGUCGUCCUCGCAAUCGGAGCCGGCGUGCGCGACCUUGUCCCCGGCGACCGCGUAGCCAUCGAGCCCGGCGUCCCGUGCGGCGCCUGUUUCCUCUGCGCCGGCGGCCGCUACAACCUCUGCGAAGCGGUGCGCUUUGCCGGCGUGUGGCCGCACGACGGGACCAUGAGACGGUUCAUGCUGCAUCCUGCCAAGUGGCUGCAUAAGAUCCCCCCCACGCUCCCCCACGCCCUCUCCUCCCUCCUCGAGCCCCUAAGCGUGAUCCUGCACGCGCUGCGCCUGUGCCCAUUGCACAUCGGCACACGCGCCCUAAUCUCGGGCGCCGGUCCCAUUGGCCUCCUCGCGCUAGCCGCCGCCCGCGCAUCCGGCGCGCACCCCCUUGUCAUCACCGACGUGUCCGACGCGCGCCUGGCCGCUGCCAGGAAGCUUGUCCCGCAGUGUCGGACGUACCGCGUUGGGCUGGACGAGGAGCCUCGUGAUGUCGCGCGCGGGGUGCGUGCGCUGUUUAGGGAGGGCGAGAACGGUGGUGGCGCUGCUGCCGCUGCUACCGCAAAUUUCGCGACAGAGGGGAGAGCUGCUGCAGCCGUAGACGCAGACGCAGCAGACCCCCACGAAGCCCACGCGCCGCCCACCAUCCUCGAAUGCACAGGCCUAGCGCCCGCCAUCGCCGCCUCCGCCUACGCUGUCCGCCGCGGCGGGCGCAUCGCCCUAAUCGGGGUGGGCCAGACGAAUCUCCCCUCAAUGCCGUUCAUGCACCUCUCUUUGGCAGAAACGCAGCUCUUGUUCGUGAACCGGUACCAUGGGACGUGGCCGGCGGGCAUCGCGGCGCUCGAGGGCGGCGUGCUGACGGGCUUGGAGGACGUGCUUGUGUCGCAUGUUUUCCCGCUUGAGCGGGCUAAGGAGGCGGUCGAGACGGUGGGGGAUCCCAAGAGUGGCGCCGUUAAGGUUGUUGUUGUUGAUGAGGGAGAUGUUUGGGGUGAGGUUGGUGGGGGUGAUGAGUAAGGGGUUUGCUCCGGGUUGGACGGGUGUGGAUUGUAGGUUAAUUUGAAGUGACGGGGUUUGUGCAUUGAAUACUUGACUGAAAGAAAUCGUCAUCGGAAAAUCAAGGC